CAGUCAGAAGUGUUUCGAUCAGAUGUUGCUCAAGCAGCUGCAAUAGCGGCAACCAACAGUCAGCUGUCAGCCAUGGCCGCCCAGUGUUUCGGGAACGAUACGGCGACACUGGCCAACGCAGCAGCCGCAGCUGCGCAGCCAAACCCACUUUUCUAUGGAGCUAGUCCUUUCGGCUUAUCACAGUUAGUUGCUGUUUUUGAUCUUGAAAGCACAGAGUUGGUGCAAGAAGGCACUCUAGCAGGGAUGGAAGAGGACUGCUUAUAA